GAAAUCAUGAAAAUAAUAAUUUUUCUCGUCUGUGCUGUUUGCUUUGUUGGGGGACUUCCCUCCCUUAAAAAUGCAAGCAUUUGUAAAAGCACAUACUGCAAAGUUGAAGACGAUUGUCGCUGUUCUUCUACAACUAACCCAAUCAACAACGUCGAAGAUCCUGCUCCACAACUAAUUGCUAUAACAGUGAGUGAAUCUAUUGUUACAACACUCUAUCAUAACUAUUUAGAACAUCUGCUCUUUGGGCGCACAAAUCCCGAUGGAUACCCGAUCGGGGCAACGUUUUACGUCAACCACGAGUACACAGAUUAUGAAUUAGUGCAAAAACUGUAUCUUCGUGGUUACGAAAUUGGUGUCCAUUCAAUAACAAAAAACUCUUCUCAAGAGUACUGGCGGCACGCGUCUUUUAAUGACCUUAUUGAGGAGUUCGGUGGCCAGCGGCAAAUUAUAUCGCACUUUGCUAACAUUCCAGCUGAGGAUAUUCGAGGUGGUAGAACACCACAAUUGCAAUUUGAAGGAGACUUAACAAUAAACGCAUAUAAACAAGUUGGACUUAGAUAUGAUAAUUCCUGGCCUACAAGUUCUAACAAACUUAUUCUUCCCUACACGCUAGACUACCUGUCUACUCAAGAAUGUUUAGUUACGAUUAAUUGCCCAAAGGAGUCACACGAGCAUUUUUGGAUAGCUCCUAUCACCAAUAUUAGAGGUGUCAACAACGUCGAAUGUAACUCUCUGGUAACCUGUUUAGUUCAAGGAACCGCUGAAGAAAUUGCCGAUUGGUUAAUUAACGAAGUUGACCGAGUAACAGCACAAAAUCGGGCACCCUUAGUUUUGCGGCUAGACUCGUAUUGGUUUGAAUUUACCGAUAACAGUUUGGAAGGUUUUACUUUAUUUUUAAACGAGAUGUCAAAAAGAAGUGAUGUCUUCUUUGUAUCGGUCCAAGAUAUUAUUGAUUGGAUCAAGAACCCAGUUUCCGUUACAAAAUACGUUACCCCAAUACACAAAAGAUCUGCAGAGUGCACUCCUGUUAAUUGUGCUCUCAGGUUUUUGGAUGGGAGCGAAAGGUACAUGAAUUCUUGUGUUCGGUGUCCACGAACGUAUCCCUGGAAAGGGAAUCCAUUGGGAGAAUAAUACCGAGCCACACCCAAAUUU